AAGGCUGAUUGUAGUCUUCUGUAUGUUCAUAAAUCUCUGUCCAGCCAAUAGGAAGGCUGCUGUUAAUCCCAGCUCGGUAAAAAGCCACUGUGAGAGCAGAGGCGGCUGUAAUCUGAGGAGACAGUCAGUGGAGACACAGAGACAGACAGAGAGGGACUGCAACUUUCUGUUUUGGACAUGUCUGAUAUUCCACAAAACUUUCCCAUCACUUUAUUGCAUUUUGGAGCUUUGUGAGAGCCCGAAGAGGAGCCGCAGUUUGUGUUUCCCACUUCAGCCACACUCACCCGAUCAUCACCGGCUCGUGUGGAGGAUUGUGUCCGUUAUAGCCUUCACACUCCGGACAUCCCGUUCAGUCCGGUCGUCAUGUCCUCCGGUGAUGCCUCGGAGCAGAGUCGGCGGUUCAGCGUGCUCACUUGGGAUCAGGUGCGGCGUUUGGACUCCAUCCUGGGGGAGAGCGUCCCGAUCCACGGCCGCGGAAACUUCCCCACACUGUCCGUGCAGCCCCGGCAGAUCGUCCAGGUGGUCAGGGCCCGACUGGAGGAGCGGGGCGUGUCAGUAUGUGAUGUCAAGCUGAAUGGCUCAGCUGCCAGCCAUGUGCUUCACGAGGACAAUGGCCUUGGCUACAAAGACCUGGACCUGAUCUUUGGCCUGAGGCUGACUGAUGACAAAACCUUCCGGGUGGUGAAGGACGUGGUGCUGGACUGCCUGGUGGACUUCUUGCCUGAAGGGGUGUGCAGAGAGCGGAUCACAGCCCUCGCCCUGAAGGAAGCGUACAUACAGAAACUGGUGAAAGUUUGCAAUGACACGGAUCGCUGGAGCCUCAUCUCGCUGUCCAAUAACACCGGCAAGAACGUGGAACUGAAGUUUGUGGACUCCCUGAGAAGGCAGUUUGAGUUUAGCGUUGAUUCCUUCCAGAUCACCCUGGACUCACUGCUGCUCUUUGACCGCUGCUCGGAGACGGCCAUGUCCGAGACUUUCCACCCUACGGUGCAAGGGGAGAGCAUGUACGGUGACUUUGAGGAAGCUCUUGGUCACCUUCGCUCCAGGACUAUUGCCACCCGCAGUCCAGAAGAGAUCCGUGGCGGUGGGCUGCUCAAAUACUGCCACCUGCUAGCACGCGGCUUCCGGCCAUCCUCUGAGACUCAGAUGAAGCAGAUGCAGCGCUACAUGUGCUCACGAUUCUUCAUCGACUUCCCAGACAUAAGCUUGCAGCAGAGGAAACUGGAGGCGUAUCUGCAGAACCACUUCGUGGGCAUGGAGCACAAGCGCUACGAGUGCCUGGUGACGCUGAGGCGAGUGGUGGACGAGAGCACCGUCUGUCUGAUGGGCCACGAGCGCAGACAGACGCUGGCACUUAUUUCCGCUCUGGCAUUGCGCGUAAUGGCCGAACAGAAUGCUAUCCCUGCUCUGUCCAACAUCACCUGCUACUACCAGCCCGCUCCCUAUGUCAGAGACGUCAACUUCAGUAAUUAUUACAUUGCACAAGUUCAGUCACCCAUGGCGACAUGCAACUCUUACCAAACGUGGCUGCCUUGCAGUUGAGCAUUGACUUAUAGGAUGUGAGGAGAGCUUUUUGUUUCAAUUUUUACAUUGAUGUAAACUGAGCUAUUGUUUCAGUGCUCAGUACCUCUGUAGCAAUGUGGCUUUUUUGGUUUGGGGCCCAUCAUGGACAAAAAGGAAAUGUAUAUUUUUUGCCAAAUCUUAUAUCAAAACCAUUCCACUAAGUUAUAUUGAAUAAUACUGCUGUAAAAAAAAAUUAUAUAUAAUUCGAGCCAUUCUAAUUGACCGAUCCGAAGUCCCACCCUCCUUAGUUACUGUUCCUAGGUCAGACAUACUUGACAAAAACAGACAUGAUGACGCUUGUUCCAUUUAAACGGGUGCUACAGUGUUAGUAUUUGUGUGUCAGGCAAUAUAGCUUCAAGAAGCCUACCGGAAGGACGACAGUGCCUUCCCUAUUGGGAUCCUAGACAUCAGGUAUACCAAAAUAAAUAACACCAAAAGGCUGACACCCUCUGGUAUGGCCGCUUUGCUCUUCAGAGUGUCAAUGGUCAGACAAAUGCUGCUGUUAUUUUUUUAUACAAAAUGUCCACCAAAUUAGGGCUGGGCGAUAUGGACCAAAAGUCAUAUCCUGAUAUAUUUAGGCUGAAUAUCAAUAUACGAUA